AUGUGUUCUGUUUCAAACGCAACCACAACGACUCUGAGCGUUGCUCUUGUAAACCAGACAACCUCCAGCAACGUAUAUGCUUAUAUCACUGGUCAAGCAAUCAAUAACAACAAUGCUCUGGUCCUCCUUGAGUCAGAUGGAAAGACGCUCUAUUAUCCCACUUCGCCGUCCUCGGCGGGAACCCCAUUAGCCGUCGACUGCGGAAUCCCCCUCGGCGCCCCAGGCUCGACAACUAAUGUCACGAUCCCUCAAAUUGCAGGGGGGCGGAUAUGGUUCUGCAUCAAUGACACCCUGACAUUCCUCCUCAAUCCGGGACCAGGUCUCGUCGAGCCAUCCGUCAGCAAUACGUCGGACCCAAAUUACAACAAGACCUGGGAUUUCUGCGAGUUCACCUUCAACAGUAGUCAGCUCUUCUCAAAUAUUACCUAUGUGGAUUUUGUGUCUGUGCCGAUAGCUCUGACACUGCUCAGCACUUCUGGUGCCUCACAACACGUAUCCGGGAUGCCAGCUGACGGUCUCACUACUGUGUGCAAUGGCUUGAUCGCGCAAAAUGAGAAAGAUGGUGCUGGAUGGGAUCAAUUGAUUAUCUCCUCUGCCAGCGGGCCUCUCAGAGCGUUGAGCCCCAACACCGGAAUCGUGAUGAAUCCGUCCCUGUUCUCCGGCUACUACGCUGACUAUGUGAAUAAAGUCUGGUCUCAGUAUACUGAUAAGUCUCUGACGGUCAAUACACAAGCUCAGUGGGGCAACCUCACUGCUACUGUUGUGAAUGGUGAUCUCGAUUUCUCUGGUGUCGGGACUUUCUCUCAACCUUCAGCAGCCGAUAUCUUCAGUUGCUCCACCGGCCCAUUCGCAGGCGCUCCUAAUAACACAGCAGAGAUGGGGGCCAUUACUGCUCGCUUGGCCGCAGCGUUCAAUCGGUCUACACUGCUUCUCGAUUCAAACCAGCCGGAGAACGAGGUCGUCUCGAGCUAUUAUUCGGUGUCGCCGACAAAUCAUUAUGCGAGGAUUGUGCAUGCGGCCAACCUGGAUAAGAAGGGGUACGCAUUCCCGUACGACGAUGUGGGACCAAGUAAUGGCGUCGAUCAAUCUGGGGCCGUGAGUGAUGGAAGUCCGGCAUUGUUCACCGUUACGGUUGGAGGAGCCAACGCUUCUGUGACUACAGGUGCGACGACCAGUCAUGCAAAGGGGAAUCUAUUCAUCAAGUUCCACAUCACCAUCACUAUUACCAUUACUGCUGUCAUUGUCGUGGUGGAGUGA